GAAAUCAUUUUGAAUAGAACAGCAGUGCUCGCAGCACAAGUCACUGGUUCUACAGGUAUUUUCCCUCCUUCCUGCUCGCUGCAUACCAGAGGCGAAAAAAAACUACGCGUACCUGUCAGUUAUUCCAUUCCGCGUUGAGUUUUGUUGUGAGUUGCUGAGAAUUUUCCGCGCGCUUUUGCCAGCUGUAAAGAUCGUCUCGUGGAAUAUUUGCCGAACAACGCGUGUGCUAUCGGAAUCGUGUUCGUUGGAAAACUGACCAUUAUUGUGUGGAUUGUUUGCAAUUUGGUGGCAGAAAAUUUUCACGAGAGGAUUUUUUUUUUCAGUUUCAAGAAAAAUUUUAUUUAAAAAAAAUUACUUUGGAAAAUUAUUUAUUAUACUGGGAAACGUUUAAAAGAAACUUAAUUAUAUUUUACAAUUUGUAAAAAUAAUUCUGUAUGUUUAAAAUUGCCAUGCUAUUUAUUGAUGAACAAGUGACACACUUUUUUGCUUAGUGGAAAAAGAAUACAAAACUUCGUUAGUAAGACAAAUUUUUUGAAUUUUUAUACUUCAAGAAGAUAAUAAAAGAUUGAAAAAGACAUCAAAAUUUUGAGUGCGUAAACGAUUCAUUUAGAAGGAUUAAAAGAUCCUGCAGAACUUUUUUACGUAAACAAAUGAGAAAUUAAUUUCAGUUACAUUUUCUUUGUAUUGGAUAUGAAAUCAUAUUUUACAUAGAAUAAAAUAACGAUGAGUAAUUUUUUGUAAAAUUUAAAAUUUACAGACAGAUGAUUAGUGUUACUAAUUUUUAUGUGCCUUCAGUUUGAAGUCUACAAUACAAGAAGUAAUAUAUUUUCGAGUAUGAUGGUUUCGAUUCUGCUGGAAUUGGUGUUUAUUAAUGCGAGAACAAGUGAAAGAAUUUAAGAAUUUUCCUGGCAUUUUUUAAUUUGUUUUUCAUUACAAUGUGCGGAUUUUCUUCAUACAUGGAAAUGUUCUUUUAAUGGAAUAUAAGAAUGGAAGCAAUGGAAGAUGACGACGAAAUUGAAGAAACUGUUUACUUCGAUCAGUCUGUGGAUGAGGUUAAUAACUUCAUAGUUGUGUCGACACUGCAAGAUGGUAACUUCGUGGUGGAAGCACUCUUCUCAGCAGUGGAGGAAGGCAACAUCGCCAGCCUAGAGGAACUCUUCACCAUCUCGCACAUCGACCCCAACUAUUGCAACAAGCAUGGUGAAGCAGCUAUACACAUUGCUGCUGGAUUAGGACACCUGAAUGUGGUCAAAUUUCUUCGCUCUAAAAGAGCCAAUAUCCAUGCGCUGGAUAGCCACGGAGACAGUGCCAUCUACUGGGCUGCGAGACAAGGUCAUGAGCAAGUGAUUCGUUAUCUGUACGAAGAAGGUGUAUCAGUUGACAUUCAGAAUAAGGCCAAAGAAACAGCUCUCCAUGUGGCCGCCAGGUACGGACACACGAACGCCGUGGCACUCCUCUGCAGGUGCUGCACCGACGUCAACUUGCCCGAUGAGCAUGGUGAGACAGCACUACAUAUCGGAGUUUGGCACGGAUUUCCUAAAAUUGUCGACACUCUCUGCAAUUUCGGAGCGAAGACAAAUCUCAGGAACAAAGAAGAAGAAACGCCCUUGCACUGCGCAGCUGCUCGUGGCCACACGGACUGCGUCCGCAGUCUCUUGGACGCUGGAGUGGACCUUAAUCUGGUGGACAAGUGUGACAACACGGCCUUGCAUCUCGCCAUGCGCAGACACCACGAAAACGUUGCCUCUCUGCUGCUGCAAGCAGGAUGCAAGAUGGAUGUCUUCGAUAAUCAAGGGGAAGGACCCAUCCAUAUAGCCUGCAGGGACGGACUCUUGACGCUGGCCAAGACACUCUGUUCCUCGGGUUGUAAAGUUAAUGUGCCAAAUAAGAUGGGCUUCUAUCCCAUUCACCUCGCUGCCAAAAAUGGACAUAUCGAGAUAGUGAGAAUUCUGUGCUUGUCCGGAUGUGUAGUGGACCAAAAGAACAGGGAGGGAAUUCCAGCCGAAAUAUCAGCUCUUGCUCAAGGUUUCAAUGAUAUAGCGGACAUUUUGAACAAGUUGAAAAAUGAUCAACAGAGGGAAGAAUACAUUAGUCAAUUGACCGCCUCCGUUCAGCCCGUUUCAAGGAUACAGCUGAAAGUGCUGGGUCAUAGCGGGGUCGGCAAGACCACUCUGCUGGACUCGCUUAAAUGUGGUUACUUCAGCUCUUGGUUUCGGAGAUCCAAGUCCAAUUCUUCGUCUUCGGUUGGCAGUGGAUGCGUCAAAAUGAAAAACGGUGCUCAUUCCAGUAAAUCGAGUAUAGAAUCCGAUUACUGUACCUCAGACGACCCUUGCCUAUCGUUUGAGACGAAUUUCGACAGCUACACUCACGGCAUCGACAUACAUCAAGUCAAUAUCUCUGGUGUUGGUGACCUGAGCUUGUGGGAGUUUUCCGGGCACGAACCCUACUACCUGGUUUACGACAGGUUUCUGGGCAACUGCCACUGCCUGCACGCCAUCGUCUUUUCCCUGAACGAGCCUUUCGAUGUGCAGCUUCAACAAGUUAUUUUCUGGUUGUCCUUCCUGCAAUCCAGGAUGCCACCACAGGAACCACUGGGUCCAUGCGGCAAGAGCAGAUGGCCCGCUAAAGUUGUUCUGGUGGCAACUCAUGCGGACGCCGCUAACUGCCAGCGCAACAACCUAACCAACGAGUAUGUGAGUACGGAGGCGGAUGCUAUUCUGGAGGCCGCUCUGCUGCGUUUCCGUCACAUCUUUGACAUCCACGAUACCGUCUAUGUCAUGGACGCUCAUGUGGUUGGAUCGCAAGCGAUGAAGUCCUUUAAGCAACAUGUCACUAACUGCAAAAACGCCAUUACGCAGGAAUUGCCAAAACAGACGGGCUUUCUGGAGUCCGUGCUAGUCCACCUGCAGCGAUGGCGGCAGAGCUCCACUCACUUUCCUGUAAUGUCCCACCAGCAGUUCUGCGACCUGGUGCACUCCCAAGUCAACCCAUUAGCCACAGCGGAACACAUCAAAGUCAUGAUAGAUCAGCUGCAGCUGAUGGGAGAACUGCUAUUUUUGAGACUAGAAACGCAAGAUCUUAUCGUUUUGAAUCCUCGCUGGUUAUGUGUUGACAUCAUCGGCCAGAUGCUAUCUCAGGAACAUUUAGAGACCGCCAAGAUCACCGGAACUUAUACCGUAGAUGAUAUCCAACUCCUCUUUCCAGAUACCGACGCUUUGGAUCUUCUGCAGGUGCUGGAGUCUCUUCAGUUAUGUACACAAUGCGACAGCAACGGUGACAUCGAAUAUGAAUUCCCUUGCUUUAACAUGCUCGACUCACAAGACUAUCUUUGGGAGAAGGGGGACCUACGCUACACCAACGCCGUCUACGGAGGUGUCCGCCUGCAGAGCUGGCCAGCGGACAAGCAUCUUCUCCGCUGCGUCAUUCCUAGACUGCAGGUACAACUGAGGCGGUAUUCGCAAAACCAUGUGUCUUCAGACUGUGUCCUGCAACAGUGGCGACAGGGCAGCAACUUCACUUGCAGUAGCAUUCAAGGUCAGAUCACUCUGGGAGAGUUCGGAGAAUCCAUUGACGUCAAGGUCAGGGCUCCCUGCUUCAUGCGAAUUGAGAGUUUCUACUUCCUGUCCAGCUUAUUGGGCAUCAUCGAUACCACACUCUCUGAAAUGUGUCCCGGCCUCCUGUGCGAGCGACAUGCCAUCAGCCCAACUCAAUUGUGCCAACAUGAGAUCCAGCCCAUCAGCCACCCAUCUCACAGCCUCCUCACCGGGCUUCUGGAGCACGGCCUUUCCGGCACAGUCCGGACUCCGGAUGGGUCGGUUGAAGAGCAAUUAGCUGAUGUCAUUUGCCUUGGAUCGACAGAUAUUGUCGGCUCCAAUAAUAACAAUGCUGGUGGUGGGGUAGUUCUCGGACCUCAGCUGCAUGCAUCCCAUCUUCCGAUACCAGUCCAUCAAAAACUUUGUGCUUUGCUGGACCCUCCAGAGGCCAUUGGGAGGGACUGGUGCAUGCUUGCGGUCUUGCUUGGGUUGACAGAUAUGCUGCCUCACCUAGAUCCUGGAGACAAUCCAGCAGAGAGUCCAACAUCCAGAAUCCUUCGAGAAUGGCUGAAAGAACCGUCCAGUACCGUAUCCUGUCUAUUGGACAAGCUGAAAGAACUAGGGAGGACGGAUGCUGUGGAGGUUAUUAUGAGGGCUGCGCCUUUCAUUAAGGUGUUUCCGGUUGGCGGAGAGGUAUCCAGCGAUGAUAUCAGUAUGUUGUGUAGCAUGUCUCACACGUCCAGUUCCAACAUAUCACGGUAGAAACUUGACUUUUUUUUUAAGAUGAGGAAUUCGAAAGGUUAUGGCUUUUUAUCCUUUUUCUGAUUCUUGAAACAAAGAGCUUUCUCUGAUAGUUGUCUCUCUGUAUUAUCUGUCCCUCAUGGACUUUGGGCUUAAUCUGGCCAUAUGUCCAUUACUCUUCUUUCUGUGUAGAGAAAUGUCCUAUAGAACUUGCUCAAACAGCUAGGAAUGACGAAAGCAUUAAUCGAAAUAUUUUAAUUUGAAAGAUAGGCGUCAUGUGAAUCUUACCCUAUUCCUUCCUUUACAACAUAUCAAAGCAGAGCUUUAGGCUCUUUCAGGUUAAUUGACGAUUUUACCUAUACAGAAGUGAUUAAUAAUGUGUUUGUUGAGUCCUUCAUAGAGAGAAUGUUUCUCUAAGGAAAAAUGAGACAAGAAAUUCUCGGAGAUAUUUUUCAUCUUAAUUAAAACAGUGAAAAGUAUUAAAGUAAAUUCUAUUCGGUAUGAGUUAAUGGCCAUGUACAAUCUUCAAUAGGCAGCCAUUCAAACACUGAAAUAUUCAUUCAGUAGUAACUAAUAGUCAUGUAGAGAAAAUAUUUUCAUACCUGCGUAUUAUUUUGUCGUAAUGUUCUAUAUUUUAUAUUUAAAAAAAAUCUCUGACCUAUUUUUUCCAGGAAUCAUGCUAGAUGUAAAUAACCAGUGCAUCUAUGCAAAAAUAUUUUAAAGCAUAUUCCUUAGUUUAUUAUGAAAUAUCAGACUACUUUAAAGAAUUCUCGAAAAGUAUUUCAAAUGGGAUAAGUUUUGCUUCUUGCAAUUUGAACUUAUUAAUCUUUCUAUAAACCCUUAUUAUUUAUAUUUUUCUUAAUAAAAUUAAGAGAUUCUUGAUUUCAAAGGAAGCAUAAUUAGUUUUUCAAGAAAAUUCCAAAUGCUGUAUGCUUUAUGAUAAGUUUCAAUGCUUAUUAUUGCCUACUUUUGAUGAGAUAUUUAUUCCGAUUUCUUGAGUUCUAGUUUUGAAAUGGAAGUUUUGUUAAUUUCCACAGAUAUUCAUACAGUUUGAAGUUCAACUUUAAAAACUGCGAACUUGUGUUAAGAGCUUAUAUGAAGUCAUCAGUAUAUUAUUAUUAUUAUUGUUAGAAAAACAACUGAUCUAAGUGACCAGUUGAAAGCCCUUACGAAUCCGUCCAUAAGUACAUAUGUAUUGUUAUUUCCUGCUUGUAUAUAAAAUGUAUUUUUCCGGUGUCAGAAGUUGACGUAAAUCUUGUUUAAUUUUCUAUGUGCGUCCUAACGAAAUGUUUUUCAGUGGAAUGAUUUGAAUAGAUAAACUGUAUGAAUCAAAGCAUUAUUUGAAUACGAAAUAUUGAUGCAACACAAUUUGUUUAUGGAGAAUAAAAUGGAAUUUUAUAUAAAAAUACUUUGUAAAAUUAA